GAGGAGGCAAAUGACCCACAAGAGAGACGGAUUCUAAAACCCUAAAAAGCGAACCAAACCCAGAGCAACCGUGCCGUCGGCAUCCAUGGCUACCAAGAAGAGGAAGGUCGACCAAGAGGAUGAGCUUCUAUCCGGCGCCCUAAACCACGCCGCCGAUCCUCUCUCCCAGGCCCACCACCAGCCCGUCGUCUACACUCCGGCCCCGGCCUCUGACGACGACGACGGUGGCGAGGACGACGAUGAUGACGUGGGGACGCUCCUGGAGCCGCUGUCGAGGGACCAGCUCGUCGGCCUCCUCCGCACCGCUGCCGCCUCCGACCCUGCCACCCUCGCGGAGAUCCGCCGCGUCGCCGAUCUCGACCCCUCCCACCGCAAGCUCUUCGUCCACGGCCUCGGCUGGGACACUACCGCGGAGGGCCUCCGUGCCGCUUUCGCCAGCUACGGCGACAUUGACGACUGCCGCGUCAUCGUCGACAAGGCAAGCGGCCGAUCCAAGGGCUACGGCUUCGUCCUCUUCCGCCACCGCAGCUCUGCCCGACUUGCCCUCCACUGCCCCCAGAAGGUCAUCGAGAAUCGCAUGACCUCCUGCCAACUGGCCUCCUCCGGCCCCUCCGCCCCCUCCGUCCACCACCACAACCCGGGUCCGCACCACCACCAAAACCCUAACCCUAGCCCUGGCCCCGCCUCUCAUCAGGACAACGUCUCGAGGAAGAUAUACGUGGGGAACGUUCAUUCUGACGUUGACGGUGGCCGCCUCCUUGCCUUCUUUUCCCAGUACGGCGAGAUUGAGGAGGGGCCCAUUGGCUUUGAUCGUCACACGGGGAAGCCAAAAGGGUACGCCCUCUUUGUCUACAAGACCGUGGAGGGCGCUCUAAGGGCCCUCGAGGAGCCAAACAAGAAUUUUGAGGGUCACCUGCUCUACUGUCAGCGAGCCACUGAUAACAAGAGUAAGGCGGCGCCCAUUCAAACUCCUGCUGCUCCGCCAAAUGUGGCUUCCAGCACAGGGACUCUCAAUGGGUCUGGUUAUGCAGGGACCCCAGAUAUGGGGUUAGCACAACAAGCUGCGAUGUUAGGACAGGGUCUCCUUGGCAUGGGCGGUACACAAGCCUUUGGUCAGGGGAUGCAACAAAAUGCUGCGGUGCUGGCUCUACUGGCAGCAGCUGGGCAAAAUCCUGCAGCUUUUGGGAUCACGCCGGCCAUGAUUACUUCUUUGAACCCUGCUUUUGCAGCUGCAUUUGGUGCAGCAGGGAGUCAGCAAGCUGUAACUGCUCCAACCGGUCCUCAGGUAGCACAGGUGCCAACCUACGGAAUGGGAAAUGCUGCAUAUCAAGGACCUCCAGGGUAUCAUGCACCUACAGGUUUUCAAGGUUCACCAGGGUUGCAGGGCCCUCCAGGUUUCCAGGGAGCUCAGUCAGUUGCUCAACAAGGAGGUGGAGGUGCCAGUUCUUAUCAAGGAGUUCCAACAGGGCAAGGUCCAAUCUCGAGGCCACCAACUGGACCAAUGGGUGGAUAUGGACCACUUUAGUUGCUGGUGUUUGAUCAUUGUCAAUUCAACAUAUCCUCCUUCAGUCUUUGACCAUGUACAUUGAUAAAUGAUUGCUUCGUGGAUGCUCGGCAUGCUUUCCCUAAUCCCUACAUCAUUAUGGUUUAAGGUAGAUCUCUUGCACUGUUGAUUUUAUUAUAAUCCUUGUUUGACUUCAUACCAAUGCUUUCUGCUAAAUAAUUGUUUUCUCUUAGCUAUGACCUCUGUAUUAAUGUCUUUUAGCAUUUGAAUAUUGCAUUGCACAAUAGAAUUGCAAUUUAUUCUGGAUUAAUGAUUUAUGCUGUGAAGAUUAUUUUAAUUUGAUAAGCAUCAAUAGCGUGCAGUUUAUUUUCAUUCACAUGCUGUUACUCCAGAGUUAGAAAAUGGGCAUUGAAGAACACUGAAACGAAACUGUUUAGGUUCCAUUUCUUGAAGUUUGAUUGAAAUGUCUCUGUUUCCAAGUUCACAAGUGGGACUGACAUCACAGUUGACAUAGCUACAUUUGGCAACUAGAGUCAUGACAAUAUCUGAUGGUGAGAAGUUGAUGUGGCUAGAGCAAGAUCAUGGGAUUCAAGAUGGAAUUGAAAAUUGAAUAUUUCUGGUGCUUCAUCUGUGGUGUUUCUAGAUGCUAGUGAUGUAUAAAAGUUGAAUUAGCUGUCAGAAUUUUAGAGUCAUGGGAAAGAGGCAGCACGAAAAGUCAAUUGGCUGUCAGGGUAUCACAGCUUAUGGCAUUGGGAAAGAUGAAAGGCUUUAAUUAAUCUCAAGUAUUUGAUUAAGUUCUGAUUAAGACAAUUAUUAAUUCAAGCAUCCUAAUUUAAACUGUUAUCUAUAAGAGCUGAGUCAUAUCAUUUGAAUUAAAUACAUAAGUUUGACUCAAAUGUUCAGUUUCCUUGGCCUGCCUGCACGUUCCUGUGCCUACUAUGUGCUAUAUGCAUAGACCAUAUUAUUUUAUAUUAAACUCUUUUAUAUUGUAUCAUAUGUCUUUGUUGCUCAAAUUUGGGUGUGGUGUAUUGAAUGUGAUAGGGAACUAAUUGUUCUGCAUGGUUGUUGUACUAGCUAUGGUCCAGCAUUUGAUAUACAGGAAUGGGGAUUUGAUCUAAAAUGGGUCAGAACAACUUUUUAUAUACUUUUAAAAUUUAACUUUGAAAGUACAUUAUGUAUUUUAAAAUAAAAUAAAACUAAUUGUAAAAAUAGUUAUUACUAUAUUAAAACUAUUUUCUUUCUUUUUAUCAUAUCUUUUCUCCUUGGUACUUUAUUAUCUUGUAUUUAUCGUCUCCUCUUAUGCUUCUGUUUCCUUCACACCAUGGGAUCUGCUUCAAGGGGGUAGGUUACCAGAGGGCAUGAUGUUAAAUCCCAUGAAUUAUUUCUCUAUUUGUCACUUAGCAGUGAUGGACAGAAAUUGAAAUGAUCUAUAUAUUCUGUAUAUUGAUUAAAAGGUCCUUCCAAUUGGCUCCGAGAGCAGGGCACCAUUUAUCUUCCUCUUCCCCUUCAAUCAUCUCUCUUGCCCUUCUUAUGUUGUUCUCUUCUUGUUAGAGGAAUGAUGCAACCAAUGAUAGCUGCUUUCUGUUUUUUUUUCUCUUAUUCAGUAACUGAUUAGAUAGAAUAAUCUGAUUUACCCUAGGAUCGCUGGGCACAGAUGAUUUUGGGUCAAGUUGGAGACAGCCCAUACCAGAAUCUGUCAUUCAUCAACGGUAGUCAAUGAUAUAGAAGAAUCUAAUUUAGCCUAGACUAACAGAGUGCAGACAAUUUUUGGUUGAGUUGGAGAAAACCCAUACUAGAAUCUGUCAUUCAUCGAUGUGAGUAUGGUGGAAUAAUAUGCCAAUAUGAGCAUCAUAGUCUUAUUAUAGUAUGAAAAAAAAAUGAAUUUAGUGUAGAAUAUAAUAUUAAUAAAAUGUAGACUAUACUUUAGAGUGUACAAUUCACCAUAUUGUACUAUUCUAUUCUAUUACAGUGUAUAAUAUUGUCUAGUGCAAUACAGUAGAGUAUAAGGUGAGAAAGUUGAGAGACGAACAGAGAGGAGAGAAGUAUGUGGGAAGAGAAUGUAAGUUUGCAAAUAUAUGGGCAGGAAGGAGCUUUCUGUUCUAGCUGCAAUAAUGAAUCAUAUUUUCACAUAUCACAGAAAAAUGAGACAUUUAUGAAAAGUUAGGUUUUUCUUGAGAUGCCCCAUGUUCUAAGAGCACUCAAAUUAAGAGGCAUAUAAUGGUGGUUAUAAGAUGAGCAUGUUACAGUGUAAUAAUUGAAGUAUAAGAAUAAUUUAGUUUUUCAAUGAAGUGGCGUGCUAAGAAUUUCUAAAAUAAAAAAUAAACCACAAAAAUUAAAAAUAUGAGCUUAAAGAUUUUCUUUUCCUAUUACGUAUAAUACGAUUCCUUUUCCAUCUAUUUGACACCUUUAGGUUCGUCUCUCUCAAAUCCCUUGGCUAAUCUUGAUACUAUGAGCUUUAGUUUAGACAAGGAGCCUUGUGGAUUAUCUGUCACAUUCUGAUGUGAUAUAUAUGCCAGUCUUACUUUCAUUAACAAAAAGGUUUUCCUUGACUUGGACAAUAUAUUAAUAGGUAUGCAGUUAUUUCUGUUGUGCAUUAUUACCUUUACUGAUAGAUUAUAUGGUGCUUGUUAUAAUUUUACAUGUCUCAAUCAAGUGUUGGGGAUUGGGAGCUAGCUUUAUAAUAAAGAACAUGUAUCUGUUUUUCAUACCCUGUGGGUCUGCUCAAAGUAUAAACAGAUCUUUACUUUGUACUGGUUUCAGAAUAUAGAUGAGUAAUGAAUAAUUCUCCUGUUAGUAUUUUCCCUGUUCUUUGUUUCUUAAUUUCCACCUUGAUGAGAUGCAUAUUUCUAAUCUGAUGUGGUCAGAUUUCUUUAAGCUGUCAUUUUACCUCCAAGGUUUCCUGUUGGGUGUAUGACAUUUGAGUUGGUUAUACAUUGAAGUUAGAAUUCUAACACUUGCAUGAUGGAGAGUUAUACUAUGGAAAAUAAGUCGUCUUGUCAAUGUUAUAUCAAGAUGGAAUGCCCAAGUCAAUUUUUGUUCUGGAUUUCCUGUCAUAUAGAUUUCUUCCCUGAGUUGCUGCAUUUCAUCUUUUUCUCACCUAAUCAGACUAGACUAGUACAUUUACAUAUUUUUUUUCUGAUGGCUAUUAAAACUCAGCCACCUAGCUUUUACAUGCUUUUUGGAAGAUGCUAUUAGAUGUUAUAGCUCCAACUACUUGCUUAGCAUGUGGUUCAACACAAAUUAUCCGGAGGCACUUCUUUUCACAGAAGAAGAAAUAUACAAAUGGUCAUUUUAAAUGUAAAUUUAAUUGAUAAGGAAAUAUUGUGCUCUUUGUGUUCCUUGGUUAUUUGAAACCAUUUGGUAGAAAAGAGACCCUUUAUGUAAGGAAAUAACAUAUCGCCGCAUUUGCUCUUGGCUGCUAAAACACGAGGGCAAUGUUGUCAA